AUGGUGCCAUCCUUCAAGUACGACGUGCCAGCGCCGUAUGGUGCGGAAGAAUCAAAGUACUCGAAAGAUGAAGCUCCAGAGAAGGACGAGUCUGCCUCAAAGUUCCGGCCCAUCACGUUGAAGAGAGAAAAAGUCCGUCGCUCCGACGAUACUCGCGCUGCUUCAACUGUGUCCCAUACUGCUGAAUCAGCACGUCCACCGACACCUAAUGCCCCUCCCCCUCCACCCCUAUCCCCUCCGCCUGCCACCCCUCCAGCCCCGCCGACUGUGCCCCACGCGCCGCUGUUACACCAAGACAAGACGCGCCCGCCAUCGCCUGAGCGCGAGGAAGGCGAAUAUGUUGAGCCGCCGCGUGAUAAGAGUCAUAAGGAGAAGGGCAGGGGUAGGAGGAAGGAUCAUGAGCCAGAAAGAUUUGGAAUGAGGACGGUCAAGGAGGAGGAGGAGGCGUAUGGGAGAGUGUUUGUGGGAUCGUCAACCUUGAUGGGAUACGAGACGGGUAGGAAGCUGGGAGAAGGGACGUUUGGUGUGGUCACGCAAGCAACCGAGAGGAGCACUGGAAGAGAAGUGGCUUUGAAGAAGAUUACCACGCAUAAUACCAGGGAUGGGGCGCAUAUCACCACGUUGCGAGAGAUCAAGAUCUUGAAAAGUCUGAACCAUCCUAAUGUGGUCCCUCUCAUCGAUAUGGUCAUGAGUCGAGGUAAUCCCCAAAACAGAAAGGUCAACACCGAGAUGUUUAUGGUGUUUCCCUAUAUGGACCACGAUCUCUGCGGCCUUCUCGGCAACCCCGAUUUUCAAAAACGCCCCAGUGUCCACAAAAGCCUCAUGAAGCAGCUCCUCGAAGGCAUGGCAUUCAUCCACGCCAACAACGUCAUCCACCGUGAUAUCAAGACCGCCAACAUCCUCGUGGAUAAACAUUAUCGGGUCAUGAUUGCAGACUUUGGUCUGGCGAGACCUUGGACGAAGGAGGCGGAUAUGCCACCGCAUCUCGCGAGAGAGUAUACCAAUAUGGUGGUGACGAGGUGGUAUCGUGCGCCGGAACUGCUCCUGGGAGCUACCCGCUAUACCCCUGCUGUCGAUCUUUGGUCAAUAGGCUGCAUACUGGGAGAACUGUACAUGAAGCGCCCGCUCUUGCCUGGUGGCGGUGAUAGAGAACAGUUGGCGAUGAUUGUUGCUAAAUGCGGACCGUUGAGCCAGGAGACAUGGCCAGGAUGGAGGAGUCUACCUGGGUUUGUCGAUGCGCCAGGACACGAUUGGGAGCGAUCACCGAGAGAGAGGCAUAUUGCGGAAGACGUUACAGCUUAUGGGUUGGAUAGGGCGGGAGCAAACUUGCUUGGAAAGCUGUUGACGCUAAACCCAAGUCAAAGACCAACGGCAAGUGAGGCAUUGGAUCACCCUUGGUUCUGGAUAGAACCUCUACCCAUCAAUCCAAAGACGGAGGCUCCACUGAGACUCGAAUCUUCACACGAAAUGUCGGCCUGGCAUCACAAGCAGCCCGCUGCGCCCGCUCAACCUCCGCCCCAACCUGUCAUGCCCCCGCGCGUCGCAUUCUCUCAAGCCCCACAAGCCAAUCCUUAUGCCAAUAAUCCUUACGCCGCACCACUAUCGGCACCAGUUCAACAACCGCUCAACAACUAUCCUCAUCAGUCGCAGCACCAGCCUGCUCCCAACCCCUAUCAACCGCUCACGGGUCAUGCCUCGAAUCAGUCACAACCUGGGCAUAAUGCAUAUCGCCCGCGGCCUGCAUAUGCGCAACAGCAAGCGCAACAAGGCUACUCGCAGGCACAGCCUUCUAUACAACCUCUUGCCACAGGCUAUGGUGCCGGACCGCCUGUGAGCUCGAACGUGAUUGGUGCUGCACAUGCGGCGAUGGGGUAUGGUAAUGGAGGAGGGUAUGGUGGUCAGCCAGGGGGUUACGAUGGUGCAGUGCAGGGCGGUUACGGUCAGCCUUCCCUAGCGCCGCUACCACAGAACAGCUUUCCUGCACCCCCUCCAUCAGGGAUGCGGGCCCCCCCCGGCAGUCUUCCGAAGCGACCAACCGGCCCACCUCCCGGGUUUUCCUUGGCCGGAGGAGGGGGUGGUGCCCCCCGGAACAGGCCACCACAAAAUCAGAAUUUCGGGAAUGGCGGCGGAGGUAACGCGCGUAAUGAUGGCAGCUAUGGUUACCAAGCACAGCCUGGCCAUAUGAAACGAGAGCAUUCGAACGAACAGUUCAAUGCCAACAAGCGGCACAAGCCGGAUAUGACGACGGGGGGCGGAGGGGGCGGUCUGCCGUACUAG